AUGUCGUCCCCACCGCCGCAGCGCCCACCCGCUACGGCCGCGCCCCCCGCGACAUCACCGCCCGCCCCGGCCGCCGCCUCCCAGCCGCUCCCCCGCGCCUUCCUCGCCGCGGCGGCGGCCUCCUCGCCCCGCCGCGCCGCUGCGUCCCCGACGCAGCCGCCGCCGCCGCCGCCGCCCCCGCUCUUCACCGGCCGCCCGCUGAACCCUAACCCUAGCCAUGCCUCCCCCGCCCACGGCAUCCUCUAUCCCGUCACCACGUCCUCCGCCGCCGCCGCUGCGGCGGCCGCCACCGGGAACCACCGACGGGCGCCCGCAGUCGCCGUAGGGUUCCCUCGCGCUCACGCCGUCGCUGUGCCUAUCGUGCAGCCGCAGCAUCACAUGGCGCCCGCGCAGGGCCGGUCGUUCCCCGCCGCGCCGCGGGCGGUGGUGGCUGGUGUGUCGUCGCGCCCUGAGCAUCCUCCCCGAGGAGUUCCUAUAGCUCCGCAGGCACAGCCCAAGGCCAAUCCAAUCCCAAUUGUAACUCCAUCCCUUCAAGAGAUUAGCAGCUCAAAGGACAGUGAAAGAAGCAAGGAAGAUGUUACAACUGUAGUUAUUAAUGACCGGAAAGUUAACUUGGUCGAUAGUGAGUCAGGAUCCUUGUAUGCACUUUGUCGAUCAUGGGUUCGUAAUGGAGUUCCGCAUGAAAGUCAGUUCUUGCAGCCAAGCUUUGGAACUGGCGCACCAAUUCUUCCAAGACCCUUGCCUGCUUCCGUCGUGGAUUCUAGGAUAUCAGAGAAGGACAGUGAUGCUGAGAAAGAAGACUCCGAGGAAGAGAAGAAUGAAACUGUUGAAUAUACCGUAAGUGCCUUGCUGAAGCAGCAUGUGAAGCGUGCAAAAAUGAUCCGUGCUGGAUUGCAAAAGGAGCGGCUUCGACGGAUUGAAAGAUACAAGCAACGCCUUGCACUUCUCCUACCCCCGCCUAGCGAGCUUGGGAAGCAUGACGGUCAUCCGUAUCAGUAGGAGUGUAAAACCGACACAAGUAGUGUUGUAGCUCUCUUGUAGCCUUCGUGUAGUUAAAAGAAAAUUAGAAGCAGCAUUUCGUCUGCUGUACUUUGACUUCGUUCUAGCGGGGUAUAACCAACAAUAAACUUUGCAGUGAUGAAGUAAUAGUGUGUUGUUUCCUCCUAGCAGUUUAGCAGAUAGUCAGAAACAUUAAUUCCAUAUAAACAUAGUUUUUUGGUAUAA